GUUUGACAGCUGUUUGCCGCAGAAAAAACAAAUCUUAUUCUGUGCGUAACCAUUUUCAUCUUCAGGCGCAAAAAUGUUCUCGAACGUAGCGAAAUCGGUCGGUCAGCGCAGUUUGUUGGGCAACUUGAAAACACUUGCGAAACAUCAACAAAAUGGAUAUGCAUCGGAAGCUACGUUCGAGACGCGGGCUUUCAAGCUACACAACCUCGAACAAGGUCCGGCCACGCAGGUGACCGUCUCCAAGGAGGACGCACUGAAGUACUACAGCCAGAUGUACAUGAUAAGACGCAUGGAGACGGCUGCCGGCAAUCUGUACAAAGAGAAGGUGAUCCGAGGUUUCUGUCACCUGUACUCCGGCCAGGAAGCGUGUGCCGUAGGCAUGCGUGCGGCGAUGCGCCCCGAGGACUCGUGCAUCACAGCCUACCGGUGCCACGGAUGGACCUAUCUUAUGGGAGUGCCGAUCCAAGGUGUGCUGUCUGAGCUGACGGGUCGUGGUAGCGGUUGUGCCCGCGGAAAGGGCGGUAGUAUGCACAUGUACGGUAAGAAUUUUUACGGAGGAAACGGCAUCGUGGGAGCACAGGUUCCGCUGGGCGUUGGCAUUGGAUUUGCGGCCAGGUACAACGGAACCCAGGGCGCGUGCAUUGCACUAUACGGCGACGGUGCCGCCAAUCAGGGCCAGCUGUUUGAGGUGUACAAUAUGGCGAAGCUGUGGAACACACCGUGCAUUUUUGUGUGUGAAAACAAUGGCUAUGGUAUGGGUACGAGCGUGGAGAGGGCCUCGGCCAACACCAAUUACUACACGCGGGGCGACUUUGUGCCCGGCAUCUGGGUGGACGGAAUGGAUGUGCUCGCCGUACGUGAAGCGACACGCUUCGCUCUGGAACACUGUUCGGCCGGGAAGGGCCCGAUCCUGAUGGAAACGGCCACCUAUCGCUACUCGGGACACUCGAUGUCCGAUCCCGGUACCAGCUACCGUUCGCGUGACGAAAUUACCGAGGUACGACAGACACGUGACCCAAUCACGUCGCUGCGUGAAAAGAUUCUCUCCACGGAACUGGCCACGCUAGAGGAGCUGAAGGAGAUUGAGGGCAAAAUUCGGGCGGAGGUCGAUACGGCAACAAAGGUGGCCAAGGCGGAUAAAGAAAUUUCGGUUGACGAACUGACGGCCGAUAUUUAUGCGAACCCACAAAACCUCACUGCUAUACGCAACACGCUGCCGCUGAACGAGCUAUCGCACAAAAGACUCGGUCCGGCGGUCAAUAUGUAGGGUGCAAGCAUUGAUGCCGAUACCAGGCUGUCUAUACAGCCCCCCCUGCGAUAGCUUCCACUAUCUCUCUCUGCAGAAGAAAGACAACAAACGAGACAAACUACCGAUGCAAUCUCACUAGCCCAGUUUAAUGACCACGAUGCGGUUAUCGGUUGUUGCAAAUUGGCAUCUGUUCCGCCUGCCCGACAUGCGUCCACCACGAACUUAUCGAACACGACGACCAGACCCUUUGCUGCGAGCUAACGAGAGAAUACUGCCCUAUCGCGCGCAACUUGUAUUUACAAUUAAAACAUCACAAACGGGUUAGAAAUGCAUUUUAAACAGAUUCAUCCAAUAAAACGGUACACUAAUAGUGACGAAGGAAAAAUGA